UUAUUCUUUCCCUCCAGCCUCUUUCAAGCCUCUUUUAAACGAGAUUUCCAAACUUUCAAGGUCAACUUCAUCAGUGCUUGCGGUGCAGAAACUACAACAGCUGGUCUCGUGUCGGCUUCCCUACCGUACUCCGUGUCUGGAGGAAGUAAGUGCUUUGUCGGAGGAGCGACAGCGUACACUACAAAGUCAUGGAGGGUUUGGGGGGGCUGGACUGACGAGAACGUGGUGAGCUACCAUGGACCCACACCGGAACUCGUCACAGAGCUCGCAACGAAUGUCAGGGAGCGGAUGGAUGUGGCAUACUGUAUCGGGGAGUGGGGUGCUGCAGGUCCUACCGUCUUGGGACUGCCGAUUGUCCAUAUAGUAGGACAAACAUAGAUUGCCGUCGUUUCUCGUGAAGGUUUUGUGACUCAUGUGGUAAGCACAGGUGUCGCAGAUAGAGAGAAGAACAUGAUGGCUUUUACGAAGGCAACCUUGGUGCUGUUCAGGGACGUUCUUGCGGGUGACGUUAAACUGGAGCAGCGGCCUCGGCCAAAGGGUUCGGAACCUGCCAAACUUGAGCCUUUCAUAUCACUAAGGUGAUCGUAUAUCCCCUGAGCACACAAUGUCAUACAAUAGUGCUUACAUCACUGCCUCUUUAUCUUGAUCAUUGCCUCAGUCUCCUCUGCACUCAGUAUACGUCCUUGCAACUCUUUCUCCACCUCCAACCCGAGUUCUUUCACACGUUCACGGUCUAAUCCAAUUAGUGCAACGUGUGCCCCUGGCUGAAGGAGCGGGUAAGAGCCUAUCCGGAUAUUCUCAGGCUUAACGCGCUUCUGUAGAGCUGUAAGGAAUGGCGCAAUGGACGAUUCCGGAAGUCUUCAA